GUCUGGAAACCGCAAUAAGGCAGACUGUGAAAAACAGGAAAGCUUGCUAAGCUUUAUUCCUUUUAUGGAGAGUGUAUUCCAAAUAUGGCAAUAAUGCUGAUAAGACAGUAUGUAUCAUGUAAUUGUGGUUUUAUGCUAUAUAAGCUGUGCAAGAUUCUGUAAUCAGGGGGAUUGCUAGUUUACUGGUACCCCCCAUGCAUGCAUGAAAAUAAAAAGGCCUCAGGCGAUUCUGAUUCAAACACAACGCGUGGUCAUUUUUCCACAACAAUCUUGGUGCCAGUGACUCGGAUCCACAGACUGUCCACCGGACCAGGAGACCGCGGACCAUUCCCCUCCGAACCCAGCCGGCACUUGAUAGGUACAGGUUCCUGGCCUUGUUAUCAGGGUCUAUCACCUGAGGAAGCAUUUCCUGUGCCCCACCCUCCAUCAGAAGUGUGGUAUAGGAAACAAGAGGAGAGACAAAAGCUAUGUUGAAACAGUCUACCUACGGGGGAAUCUGUGAAACCAUAUAAACUCAGGUCAUCUGGAAAUAUCCUUGCUUGACCUUCUGCUCAAGGCAGUUUGCCCUAUUCAAAGAAAGAAAAGUUGGAAAAUGAAGGAAUCGGUAAAGUCCAAACAUGGGAUACCAGUAAACUAGGGGACAUUUUUAAUUAAAAGAACCCUGAAGAAUCAAUAUUAUGAAAGUGAUUUGGUCAUCUGAACUUGUCAUGGAGGAAACCAAUCAGCUGCAAACAAACACUCUUCUUCAGAUGUCUGUGUGACUAAGAGCAGUUUGUUCUGUAUCAAUUUGAAAAUCACCAACAUGACCCGCUAUAGAAGAUAUUUUCUCAUUUCUAGGAGGUGCUCUUUGAUGUGUAUUUUCUUGAUUGGCUCCAUCUGUUUUCUAGGGAUAUAUUUGUUUUUCGUUCCUAAGACUUUUAAUUACUUUGCUGUUUUAGCAAAAAUCAAAGUUAAAGAAAACAUUGAUUUUAGUUUAAUAGAAAGAUCUGCAUUUCCUGCCAAAGAAUAUGACAAACCUGAGACAGCAAAAAAACCCAUUUCCUUCAAAAGCUAUGUUUCCAGCUUCAAACAAUUCUUACUAAACAGGAAAGUAGGGGGACUAACUGUAAAUGCAGCACCAUUUGCUAGUGAACUCGAUUACAUUCCAUCCUUUAGGUUUGUUAUUAAUGAAAGAGAUAUAUGUAAUGAAAUAACUCCUUUUUUAAUACUAUUAAUAGCAACCAAAGCUGACGAAAAGCAGCACAGGGAAGCCAUCAGGAAAACCUGGGGAAAUGAAUCUGUGGUUCCAGGAAUAAAGGUUGUUCGCUUAUUUAUGUUGGGUGUUAACAGCAAAGAGCAAAAUGAAGCCCUACUGAGGGAAAGCAGUCAAUAUCAUGACAUCAUUCAACAAGACUUUUUGGACACCUACAAGAACCUAACUCUUAAAACCAUAAUGGGCUUGAAGUGGGUUGCCGCCUACUGUGGUGGUGCAAAUUUUGUCAUGAAAACAGACAGUGAUGUUUUUGUUAAUACAGAAUAUUUAAUACAAAGGCUCCUAAAACCACUUAUGCCUCCUCCACAGUAUUAUUUCACUGGCUACCUUUUAAGAAAUGGUCAGCCUCAUCGAAGUAAUGAAAGCAAAUGGUACGUGCCAAAGGAAAUCUACUCAGCUGAACGCUACCCUGAUUUUUGUUCAGGAACUGGGUAUGUUUUAUCUGGAGCCCUGGCUUCAAAAAUUGUCAAUGCAUCUUUAAAAGUCAAGUAUAUAUACUUGGAAGAUAUUUAUGUAGCUCUUUGUCUUGAACAAGAGGGAAUUAAUAUCGUACCCCCACCUGAAAACUAUUUGUUUAAUUCAUAUAAAGUCCCAUUUUCUCCUUGUACAUACAACAGACUGAUUACCUCCCAUGGAAUUUAUCCAGAUGAACAGAUAACAUACUGGGAAACAUUGCAAAGUAACAAAUAUGUCUGUGGUAAAUAAAGCAAAUGUAUGGCAGAGAUUGUCUGGGAUUACAAUAUUGGCUUCUACAGUAUUUCAGCCUUACCAUUGCUGAAUAAAAACAACGAGGAGUCCGGUGGCACCUUAAAGACUAAUAGAUUUAUUUGGGCAUAAGCUUUCAUGGGUAACCCCCCCACACACACACUUCUUCACAUGCAUGGAGUGAAAAUUACAGAUACAGGCAUAAAUAUAUUGGCACAUGAAGAGAAGGGAGUUACCUUACAAGUGGAGAACCAGUGUUGAGAAGGCCAAUUCAGUCAGGGUGAAUGUGGUCCACUCCCAAUAAUUGAUGUGGAGGUAUCAAUACCAAGAGAGAGAAAAUUUCUUUUGUAGUGAGCCAGCCACUCCCAGUCCCUAUUCAAGCCAAAAUUGAUGGUGUUAAGUUUGCAAAUGAAUUGUAGCUCUGCAGUUUCUCUUUGAAGUCUGUUUUUGAAGUUUUUUUGUUGAAGGAUGGCUACUUUUUCAACCUGUUAUUGAAUGUCCAGGGAGAUUGAAGUGUUCUCCUACUGGCUUUUAUAUGUUAUCAUUCCUGAUGUCUGAUUUGUGUCCAUUUAUUCUUUUAUUUAGAGACUGUCCAGUUUGGCCAAUGUACAUGGUAGAGGGGCAUUGCUGGUACAUGCUGGCAUAUAUCACAUUAGUGGAUGUGCAGGUGAAUGAGCCCCUGAUGGUGUGGCUGAUGUGGUUGAGUCCUAUGAUGGUGUCUCUAGACUAGAUAUGGGGAGAGAGUUCACCAUCAACCUUCUAUGGAGGAAGAGACAGACUUGACACAAUAUCCUUCAUUAAGAUUUCAAUUUAAUGUAUAUUUACAAAAAGAAACUUUUUUUUUUAUACUGAAGUUGUAUUUUACCCCACAGCACAACUUCAGCAUAAGUACUGUUUUGGUAUAAAUGUGAUUGAAAUUUGCAAUGAUUUGGGACUUUUAUUCUACUUCACUUCAAAAUGAGUUUCAAAUAAAAGAAUUAAAUAAGUGAA